GGAAUCAGACUGACCUCUGCAUUGCCAUUCUCAUGCCAGCUUGCGCAAACUAGAAACGGACAGUUGUAAUAGUGUUUGUUAGAGUGUCCAGAUGUAGAGCUGAGCCUGAGCUGGGGGUGCUGUGUGUAUGUGAGUAAUGUGUGUAAGUCAUGUGUGAGUUAAACCGGCUGUAGUUUCUCUGCUGCUCUCCAAACUGUUCUCAAUGCUUCAGCUGUGUAAGGUUACAGACGCGCUGCUGAUCAGCAACGCUCGCUCAGCCUGCAACGACCAGCUCAUCCAGCAGGAGGCAGUAACGCUCUGCAUCAACGUGUCCAAGCAGCAGCCUUUUCCCUCCACCAGAGUCGGCACUUUCCGCGUGGCCGUCUAUGAUGACCCCAACGAGGACCUCUAUAAGUACUUUGACCGCUGUGCUGACGCCAUCCACGCCGAAGCUGACCGAGGCGGCCGGACAGUGGUUUACUGCAAGAAUGGCCGCAGCCGCUCAGCCACAAUCUGUGUGGCCUUCCUGAUGAAGCACCAAGGCCUCACUUUAGCAGAUGCAUUCGAGGUCGUGAAAAGUGCCCGGUCAGUGGUGGAGCCCAACCCAGGCUUUUGGGCUCAGCUGGAGCGAUACGAGCAGGAGCUGCAGGUCAGGAGGUCAGCAAGCAGUGGCUCGAACAUCUCUCCAACUUGACCUCACCAAGGACCUCAAACAGUGUUUACAUUAAGUAUAUAAAUUGUUGCCCUUAGGUAGGUUUAUGUGGGAGCUUAAACUCGUAACCCUUUAAACUACCAGCUUAUCAUUCUGUCCAAUUAAUCUUACCUACUAUAAAUUAUCAACUGCUACAAAACUAAUAUGUAGUUAUAAGAGUGAAGUCUGGACCCACAUAUGCACUCAUGCUUUUUACACUGAAAAAAGAAAUGCAUGAAUUCAAAUGUGUACAUCAUUUUCUCAUAAAAUAUUACAGCAUGUUUUUGUAUUUCUUUUGACCUACUUUCUAUAAUAAGUGUGUUGAUGUAGUCUGUUUUAUUCAUGUGGAAAAGAGGUUCACAUUUGAAUCAAGAAAAAAUUCAAUGCAACACUUUACAGUAUAAAGAUCUGUACUACAUAACUCAUAUGGUAGUUUCAUAUUAGUCUUAAGAUUAAUAGCUGAAUAAUAAGGGUUAAAUACAACGGCUAUAUUGCAGAUUGUAUCCUUUAAGUAAGACUCUUCACCUUGGACACCUCAGACUGUCACCUCCUCACUGUUUAACUGUGUAACUUAAAUACUGCCUUAAAUAGUGGCGCUCAGGUUCUCUGCUAUUGGAUUGUGCAAGAAGCCUGUAACUUGUUAUGCAUAAUGAACCUACAAAUGCUAAGUUAGGUGGAUUUAUUUGUCACUAAUAGAGUUUUUUUUUUUUUACACUUUUCAGAACACAACAGACACACAAACAUCUGCAGUUUUCUCUACAACAACUUUUUUCACACAAAGGUCAUACAUCAUAGAAAAGAAUUUAUUUUAUUAUUUUUUCACAUUUGUCCCAUCAACCACAAAGCACUAUAAGCAGUCUUAAAUCGUGGUGCUGCUCAGUUCUCAAGGAAUCUCUCCAGUACUUGUAUCCAUGCUCAGGAACUUCCAUUAUCCUUAGAAGUCAGUGAUUGCUGUUGUUGUUCGCUUGUAGCUCCUAGAAACUAAUAGACAUUGUAUGGAAAGUGCAGAUUGUAAACUUUCAGUCCAUAUCACAGUUGUAUUUGUUGGUCGAAGAGGAAACAUUUUAUCAUGAUUUGAAUUUAAUGAAGAGUUACUGUCGUGUGUACAGUUUCAUGUUAAGGACAGAAAAUUCAUCUAUUUUUAUUGACACUGAAUCAAACUUAAACAUGUCAUUUGAAUUUAAACCCAUCAAUACAGAACAGAAGCUGAAUAUCAAAGCAUUAAUUAAAGCUGCAAUAUGUAAGCUUUGGGAAUUUGGAGACCUCUCUGGUGGAAAUGUGUAAUUGCAUGCAAUGUGCAGAAGAACAUUUUGUAAUGUGGGUUGUGUUUUGAAGCCCUUCAAUGAGUGGAUGAAUCUGAUGAUUUCAAGUGAGAGAAUUCAAAGAGAGCUCAGGCAGACCUCGGUGCAAAAACGUGUAUUCUGAUAUGAGUGAAUAGAUUGUUUGCAAAUGAUGCUGCAUCACUGUGUUGCUGUGGUGCAAACCACAGAUGGAGGGCAGGAAGUGAUUUUCCACACAGGAAGCUGUCAAAAGCUCUCAAAAUGCCUAUAGUUUGUGUCGUUUAUGGCCGUUCAAGUCAAUCUAACAGAGAAAAGACAAUGAGCUUUUAUCGAUUACCAGAAGUUGAUGUUCAUGAGGGAGAUGAAAGUAAAAAUGGCUUGCCUGCGGCUGUGAGGAGCGGAGUAUUGUAUUUCAUCUGUGAUUGUUUAUUGGUGAUGGGUUUAAAAUAAUAACUACAAGCAACACUGCUAACAUUCAAGUCAGGGUUAGGAGUUAUACAAAAAACAGGCGAAUGUUAAAAACAUAUCCUGCCAUGCCAGCUUCUUGUUUGAAUUUUCCCGUUCCACCUUAAAUGGUGCUGCAGUGACAGUGCUUAUAACAGGUCUUAUAAUAAUAAAUGCUGCACCAUUUGAAUAACAGCUUCAAAAUCAUUGUGAUGGUGCACUGAUUUAUAAUAGGGAGAAUCGUGUCUCUGUCAUUGCCAAAGUCAAAGCCUGCUAUAGUGCUAUGUAACUUUGGAGGAGCACGAAUCCUCUCGCAAGAACUGCGUAACGCUUUACGGCACCAUAUCACACAUGAACAGCUAUGGGUAUUCAGCUAGCUACAAGAAGAAGCUAGCUCGCUAUCCCCAGCAUGGAUGUCACGACAGAGGCUUUGUCAUUUUUCUGGAUGCUAAAAAGUCAUUUAACCUCAGUCCCGUUUCAGGCUAUCACACAAAGGAAAUAAAUUAAAAAUUGGUGCUUUCCUCCGAGCACGUUCAGCUGUCCAAUGACGUUGCGUGAGCGGCAGUUCGAAAAGAUGCGGUGGCUGGUUUCACGGGUCACGGAGGAAGCCUGUGUUAGUCUUCGCCUUCCUAGCAUUAGUAAUACUAUUGGGGAAGUCGUAACUAGCGGGUUGAAUUGGAAACGACUAAAUUGGGGAGAAAAUUGGGUAAAAAUCCCCAAAAAAUUAUAAAAAAAGGAAUGAGGAAGCCAACUUCAGCCUUGUAAAGUUGUAUCUCUCCAUACUCCAUGUAUGCUUUUGUUUGUUGUCUCAUUGUCUGAAGGUAGAUGCUUAUAUCUACUGCCUCAAUAGCAGGCAAGUCUAUCAAUUCAGUUCAAAAAUCGCUCCUCUUCUGAGCGUAAAGAUCGCAACAAAUGCUGUGCUUUUUUAGACAAUAUUACAAGAGAACGAUAUAAACGGUAUAAUUGGUAUGAUUUGCUGUUUAUAUCUUUCUCUCGUAAUAUCAUCAAAACUAGCACAGGAUGGGCUCUGUACACCUCCAUCUCGUCCAUUCUGCUAUUUACUUUCUGCCCUCCAUCUGGAUUUCGCUCUUCUUCAGAAUCAUGUGACUGCAAACAACCAGUUAUCUAUUAUUGUCAUCAUAUCUUCAUCAGUGUAAUUAUAUAUAAUAUUAUAUUAUAUUAUAUUAUAAUAAGAUUUUGCAUUUGAGACCUAAACAUAGAGCCUGUGUGUGUGAUGUUAAUAUGCAUCUGAAAAACCCCCGAACCCGACACUUCCACUUUUUAAAAUGACUCGCAGCAGCACACGUUCACCAUGUUGUAGCCUGACUCAGUAAUGUUCCUCCUUUCAGUCUUAUAUAAUAUUUUACAUAGUGCAGCUUUAGGUAAUUACAUUUAAGUAGUAUUGCCAAAACAAUAAUAAUAUUGCUUGACUUCUAAGGGUUGAUUGUAAAAAAGGGCUGAAAGAUUCACUUUAAUAACAAUCAUUUCAAAUCCAAAUGUCUUUCAUAUGGUUAGUGACAAUGAUUAGUUUUUAACAAAUCAUAUUUCAAAGCUUUUUAUUGAUCACGUAACAGUGCGAGGCGUGAUGCUUGAAAUGCAGAUUCAAAAAAAUGAAUGUACUAUAGCCUAAUAAUAUUGUUGUAUCCAACAUUAUUAUUGUUAUCUGGAUUAAUAAAUAAAGAGCGUUUAUUACAUGCUGAA